AUGGCUCACGAGCUAUUGGACAAGAGGAGUGCGAAAUACUCCCACCGGCCAUUCUUCGCUAUGGCCAGUGAAGUAAUAGGCUGGAAGUGGGCCCUGCCGAUCAUGGACUACGGCGAGAAGUGGAAGCGGCACCGCAAAUACCUUCAGCAAUUCUUUCAUAAACAGAACAUACCCAAGUACUACAACAUCGAACUCAAGGAAGCACACCACCUGUUCAAUGACUUCCUGGACGAUCCAGACAAUUUCACGGCACACAUCAAACGGCUCGCGGGAGGUGUAACAAUGGUGCUCACGUAUGGGCACGAGGUUAAGUCAUUGGAAGAACCCUUCAUUCGCAUCGCUGAGAAGGGUGUCUUGACCAUCGAGGCCGUUAGCGCCGUCGGCGCGCACGUCGUUGACUUCGUGCCUUGGAUGAUCAAACGCCUUUCUCCCGGAACAAGGGAGGAUCUGCAUGACUUCAUCUAUAAGCCUUUCAACUACGUGAAGGAAAGGCUGACCCAAGGCACAGCGGUUCCAUGCUAUACCACCACUUUGCUUGAGGAGACAAAGGGUGAUGACGACGAAGUUAUAAGAGGCACUGCUGCGAUCACUUAUUCCGGGUGGCUUCGAAACGACCAUGUCGGCUUUGAUGACCGCCAUGAUUGCCCUGGUGGCGGACCCAGCAAUACAGAUGCGUGCACAGGACGAGAUGGAUAG